CAAAAAUCAUAAAUUUCAGAAUAGUAAGACUAACAGGAGUAAACUAAUAAUACAUCUUUGUCACCGUUUUAAAUACUUUAAAUUUCAAUUAUCGAAAUAUUUGUUCAUCGACAUUGUUUUUUUCAAAAGUGCAAUCGUAAGUUUGUUGCGAAAAAUUCGUUCUUCGCGGCAAGUAACCAUCAUAAAAUCUUUUACAAUUUUACAAUAUUAUUCAACUUUUUAAUUUAUAUAUUAUUAUGGCUGUUAGAUACCCGUAAAAGUAUUGUAAAAAGAAUCAAGAAUAUUUUUUCAUAAGUAAAUUCAACACGUUAAAUAAUCGAUGAUGUAUGGAAAAAGUCUCACGCUUUAUUGCAUGCUUCCAAUCAUUGCUUCAUCUUCGGCACUUUGGUCAAAUUUCACGAGUGACAAUGAAGAAAAAGAUUAUUCAAUGGUACAAUAUCAACUUAAUGCAAAUACUAUGAAAAAUUAUGAUGAUGGAGAAGAUUGGUAUAAUUUGCAUGAAAAUUUUACUAAAAAUAACGAUGAUAUGGAGUAUCGCAUCAAUUUCACGAAUAAUAAUCACGAGCGAUUGAUGAUUGAUGAUUUCACGCAAUAUAAAUCUCAAGCGCAUGAGAAUGAUAGUCAAAUAUCGGUGAAUUCUCGUAAUACAACAGAGUUUGAUAGCAGAAGAAAUUUUAUAUCACAAGAACUUAAUGACUUAAAAAGGAUCAAAGGCAAUAAUGAUCUUUCUACGUAUGAUUCCUUUAAUAAUUUCAAUAGAGGUAACAGUGAAAUUAAUAUUAUACCAUACAAGAUGUGCGACAAUAUUACCUGUAUUCAACUAUGCUGUCCUUUUGGUAAUCGUCUGGUUAAUGGAAAAUGCAUUCCUGAACAAGGUUACUUUGUUUUCCUGCGAAACAUGUAUGGUUACAUUAAUGAUUCGUUUCAAACUGAAAGUGAAAAAGUAGAUGAUGCAUUUCUCUUCGUUGUUCACGAUCCAUGUCAGAAAACUGGACACUACUUGAUGAAUCCUUACUUAAUACAGAAUAAAUUUCUUAUUAAUGGCUCUUUGUAUCUACCUGAUUACAACACAAUUGUCGAACCAACAUCUUAUUGUCUUGCGGUCGUAGAUUACAAUAUAUUUGCUGUGAACGUUUGCUUUGAGAUUAUGAAGAAGAUCAUAAGUAAAACUACAAAUAACAAUAAAGAUAUAAUUUAUCCGAUUAAUACAAAUGAAAACUUAGAGCACAUCGACGAGCACAAAAACAAGUACAUGUCGCACGAAUACUUUAAAAACUCUAAUACAGUUAAUAAUAAAAGUAAUAUCAUUCCAUACAAGAUGUGCGACAAUAUUACCUGCAUUCGGUUAUGUUGUCCUUUCGGUAGUCGCCUGGACAAAAGAAAAUGCAUUGCCCAACAGGGUAACUUUAUUUUCCUCGAAAAAAUGUUUGGAUACAUUAAUGAUUCAUCAAGAAAUGAAAAUAAAAAGAUAAACGAAUUAUUUCUUCUGAUUGUCCACAAUCCAUGUCAGAAGACUGGAUAUCAUUGGUUUAAUCCUUACAACACUUUCUUUCUCGCCAAUGGUUCUUUGUAUCUAUCUCAUUACAACACAAUCAUUGAAUCAACAUCCUAUUGCCUCGCUAACAUAGCUCAAGAUAAAUUUAUUGUGAACGUUUGUUCGAACAUUAUGAAGAAAAUCACGAAUGAGACUAUACGCCAUAAAGGAAAAAAUGUAUUCUUUCCGAUUAGUUCAAUUAUGAUCGUAUUUUCAUGCGGCCAAUUAGGAGUUAUACUGUCUUCAUUGAUGAUGUUCAUAGUGUACUCCAUACAGCCAGAACUUCGAAAUAUAUAUGGCUUUAUACUGCGUAUAUAUAGUGGAUUGAUAUUCGUUGCGUACACGAUUUCGUUGAUAAACACACUAAUCGAAAAGGAUGCUUUAGGGAAUUCCAUCUAUAUCAUAUUUGCUUUUGUCAAAUAUUAUGCCCUUUUCGGAAGUUAUUUUUGGUUAAAUGUAAUGAGUUUCAAUUUUUGGCGUACAUUUAGACAAUUAAAUUCGUCAGAAGGAAUGAUGAAACAAGAAGAGAAGAAAAUAUUAAUCAUAUAUUCUAUCUAUGCAUGGGGAAUCUCUUUUAUGAUCAUUAUUAUUUAUAGUAUCCUACAUUUUGUUCUUGUUAUACCAAAUAACUUUCAACUUAAAUUUGGCGACAAUUGUUUGAUUGUUGGCAGUUUACCAUAUUGGUUGUAUUAUUAUGGAAUUAUAAUUAUCUCUGUUACCAGUAACAUUUGUUUAUCCUUCUUUACGGCACGAAAAAUCGCAUAUUUCGAAAAAAACGUUGCUCAUCACCUGAGCAAUGUUGCAGAAAAGCAACGUUAUAAUGACCAAAAACAAUGGUUUAAGUUGCAGCUAGAUGUAACUAAAAUGCUGUUCAUCAUCAUGUGCAUAAAAACGUACAUAAAUGUGUUGUAUGAUAAUGAUACAUUAUAUUCUAUUCGGUAUAUACUCUUUUCGUUGGACGUUAUACAGUACUUUUACGUUUUCAUUAUAUUUGUAUGGAAGAAAAAGAUUAGGCAGUUGUUCCUCAAGCGAUUGGGUUGUCAAAGUUGUGGAAUAUGUUCAGCAACUUAACAUGCUAUUACAUUUUCAAACAAUCGUAGCGCUACUUCAACGAUGACUUCUCUAUAGAAAAAGAUCAAUUAUUACGAAAUAACUAACUGCCACGUAAAAAGUUCGUUCGAUUCGACUUUUGAUCUUUAAUAUUUACAUUUUGUACCAUAAAAGGACUCUCUAGAUCGUGUAUCAACAAAUGGGCGCUUAUUCAGUUAUUAAGAGUGACUACAAUGUUAAAAUAAUUUUUAAUUAAGCAUUAAUUUUACAUGCAUAGUUUUGCGAUGCGAAUAUAAUUAAUUUAGGCGCGGAUGUUCGUGAGCUAGAAAACAAUAUACGCGGGGAAUAUGCGUCGGACGAGAACUCUUGGCGGAAAUAGCGAUUUAUUCCAUCACGAGACAUAAUGACACGUAUCGGUGAUGCGGAUAUUAGAUGCCGGUUGACUGAGAAUGCUUUUGUAUCGUAGUGUGUUCCGAUUCUGCGGCGGUAAAAAUUUCGGAAUAUUGCACAAAUGGAAAACCGAGAAGUCUCAGUUGAAGCGAAGUACAUUCCAUUCUUUGUCUUCGUAAUAAAUAGCAAUAGGAUUCGAAUAAGUGAUUUUGUUCAUUAGCGAGAGCGAUGAUAGAAUCAGAUCUGAUUGUUCGGACUGCCAAAAGUCCUGUUUUAUACUAGCUAAUAAUCCGCAUUAGCGUAAUUCGAUUUCUCCCUCGAACGACGAUAGCGGAAGCUGAAGCGCUUAAUUCGUCGUUGAUUUAGUAACCUUCGGCGAAUUUCGAAUAUUCACGACGAUGUUAUUGCCGUUAUUGAUUGUUUGAAAUGUUUGAAAAAUUGGCGUAAUGCGCUUUACCAAUUGCUCGACUAGUAUUCGUUGGGUGGCAGACUUCCGUAUCGAUACGGCCGGAGGGCGUAUUAUUCUGUUUUAUUAGAAUGCUAUAUUCUGGCGAGUGCAUUGUUACAAUAUGGAAAUAAAUUAUAUCGACACCA